AUGGCCAACGUUACAAGUGCCUCUCCCGGUCGUGCACAACAAAUACCACAUAUAAUAUCCACUCCUUCUCCUCGUCCAAGCAUCUUACGUAAAAGAGGAGACACUGGGAGCGCACCAGGAGGGUCCGCAAAGAGACGCCUGCCGUUCAUGAAAGAUGCACCAAUUCCCCCUACUAAUCCAGCGCAGAUGGCCACAAGUUACAGUGCAGGGCCCACACCACAGGCACUGCCACAGACAUUGCUGCCGAACGCUGAGUGCAGUAACGUGAAUACUGAGGAAAGUCCGCGAAAGAGAAUGAGAAAACAACAGUUUGAGACGGACACCAUUCCAGAUCAGAUCAAGAUGGCCAUUGAUGUUAUACAACCAGUUGCUCUCGGUUCUGAAAUGUGGAGGUUAGGCGACCAUUCGAGAUUGAUGGAUUCGUUUGCCUUAAUGGGAAUAGGUGAAAAAAAGAAGCGAGGUAGGCCUCGAGCGAAUUCCCGUCCAGCAACAGUGCAACCAAUCGAGUUGCAUCAAAGUGUGAGCGUUUUCGUGGAUAUCGACAGCCCGAAAGAAGGUCAAGCGAAUUCACUUGCAGGAGAACCGGCUUGUUUUCGUGGUACAGCAGCGAGUGUACCUCCUGUUCAUCUGGAAGGUUC